GAGACAUGAAUCUGCUGCUGGAUGCCGACUUCUCUCUGCACAAACAGAAGCAGAGCAAGGAUGGGAUGGACCUGAAGGUUCUGUUCGGGGAGCAGCAGGAGUACAAAGACCCGCACGGCGGGAACAUCCAGAGUUCUCCAGACCAGGAGCUAGAGCUGGACCGGACUAUGGGCCUCCUGGAAGGUCAGAGGAAGAGGAAGCGGACCAUCUUCAGCCGGACUCAGCUGUCUGAACUGGAGCAUGCCUUCGCUGUGACCCCGUAUCCAGACAUCACUCUGAGAGAAAGGCUGGCUGCUCAGACUCACCUACCUGAGAGCAAGAUCCAGGUUUGGUUCCAGAACAGAAGAGCCAGAAGCAUCAAGACUGGAAGACACUUCAAACCAACCAAGUCACUUCUCAAAGGACAAAGAGGUGCCGUCUCGCCUCAGGGACUCCUGUCUUCUUCUCUCACUGGACCAACCACACUAGCGGAUCUCUUCAGACCAGAGCAAAACUGUGCCACUGACGACACAUCGCACAUCUACUCAGACUGGAUGCAGAUCUACAACAAUCAGCAUACUUGUUCUUCCUCCUCCUUACACCACCAGCCUUCACUUAGCUCCCCAAAAUUGUCCGAGCCUCGAGUCUGGGAGGAAGAGCAGAACCAGUCACAGCAUAGGAGCAGGCCCACUGGCCCUUUCUUUCAGCCUCAUCACCCAAACUCCAGGAGUUCCUACCAAAACUUCAGAAACUUCUCUCCAGGGGCUGUGGCCCUAGCAGGAUCUCACCCGAGCAUCUAUGGAGGAGGCCACGCCUCGGUGGAUCAGGUGGUCCCGUCUCACCCUCAGCCACUGUACUGGGAUGUAAACCAGGGUCAAGGACACUUUCACCUCCACUCCCAACACCAGCAGCAGCUCCAUCACCCCCAAGUGGGACCACAGACUUCCAUGGGAUACAUCUCGGACCUCAUUUACAAUGCUGCCAUCGUGACCAACUUUGUGGAGUUCUGA